AUGGUGCUGAGUGUGCUGCCGUGUGAGAUGGUGCUGAGUGUGGUGCCGUGUGAGAUGGUGCUGAGUGUGGUGCCGUGUGAGAUGGUGCUGAGUGUGCUGCCGUGUGAGAUGGUGCUGAGUGUGCUGCCGUGUGAGAUGGUGCUAAGUGUGCUGCCGUGUGAGAUGGUGCUGAGUGUGGUGCCGUGUGAGAUGGUGCUGAGUGUGCUGCCGUGUGAGAUGGUGCUGAGUGUGCUGCCGUGUGAGAUGGUGCUGAGUGUGCUGCCGUGUGAGAUGGUGCUGAGUGUGCUGCCGUGUGAGAUGGUGCUGAGUGUGCUGCCGUGUGAGAUGGUGCUGAGUGUGCUGCCGUGUGAGAUGGUGCUGAGUGUGGUGCCGUGUGAGAUGGUGCUGAGUGUGGUGCCGUGUGAGAUGGUGCUGAGUGUGGUGCCGUGUGAGAUGGUGCUGAGUGUGCUGCCGUGUGAGAUGGUGCUGAGUGUGCUGCCGUGUGAGUGUGGUGCUGAGUGUGCUGCCGUUGUGGUGCUGAGUGUGCUGCCGUGUGAGAUGGUGCUGAGUGUGGUGCCGUGUGAGAUGGUGCUGAGUGUGCUGCCGUGUGAGAUGGUGCUGAGUGUGGUGCCGUGUGAGAUGGUGCUGAGUGUGCUGCCGUGUGAGAUGGUGCUGAGUGUGCUGCCGUGUGAGAUGGUGCUGAGUGUGGUGCCGUGUGAGAUGGUGCUGAGUGUGGUGCCGUGUGAGAUGGUGCUGAGUGUGGUGCCGUGUGAGAUGGUGCUGAGUGUGGUGCCGUGUGAGAUGGUGCUGAGUGUGCUGCCGUGUGAGAUGGUGCUGAGUGUGCUGCCGUGUGAGUGUGGUGCUGAGUGUGCUGCCGUUGUGGUGCCGUGUGAGAUGGUGCUGAGUGUGCUGCCGUGUGAGAUGGUGCUGAGUGUGCUGCCGUGUGAGAUGGUGCUGAGUGUGGUGCCGUGUGAGAUGGUGCUGAGUGUGGUGCCGUGUGAGAUGGUGCUGAGUGUGGUGCCGUGUGAGAUGGUGCUGAGUGUGCUGCCGUGUGAGUGUGCUGCCGUUGUGCUGCCGUGUGAGAUGGUGCUGAGUGUGGUGCCGUGUGAGAUGGUGCUGAGUGUGGUGCCGUGUGAGAUGGUGCUGAGUGUGGUGCCGUGUGAGAUGGUGCUGAGUGUGCUGCCGUGUGAGAUGGUGCUGAGUGUGCUGCCGUGUGAGUGUGGUGCUGAGUGUGCUGCCGUUGUGGUGCCGUGUGAGAUGGUGCUGAGUGUGGUGCCGUGUGAGAUGGUGCUGAGUGUGCUGCCGUGUGAGUGUGCUGCCGUUGUGCUGCCGUGUGAGAUGGUGCUGAGUGUGGUGCCGUGUGAGAUGGUGCUGAGUGUGCUGCCGUGUGAGAUGGUGCUGAGUGUGGUGCCGUGUGAGAUGGUGCUGAGUGUGGUGCCGUGUGAGAUGGUGCUGAGUGUGGUGCCGUUGUGCUGCCGUGUGAGUGUGGUGCUGAGUGUGCUGCCGUGUGAGAUGGUGCUGAGUGUGCUGCCGUGUGAGAUGGUGCUGAGUGUGGUGCCGUGUGAGAUGGUGCUGAGUGUGGUGCCGUGUGAGAUGGUGCUGAGUGUGCUGCCGUGUGAGAUGGUGCUGAGUGUGCUGCCGUGUGAGAUGGUGCUGAGUGUGGUGCCGUGUGAGAUGGUGCUGAGUGUGGUGCCGUGUGAGAUGGUGCUGAGUGUGCUGCCGUGUGAGAUGGUGCUGAGUGUGCUGCCGUGUGAGAUGGUGCUGAGUGUGCUGCCGUGUGAGAUGGUGCUGAGUGUGCUGCCGUGUGAGAUGGUGCUGAGUGUGGUGCCGUGUGAGAUGGUGCUGAGUGUGGUGCCGUGUGAGAUGGUGCUGAGUGUGCUGCCGUGUGAGAUGGUGCUGAGUGUGGUGCCGUGUGAGAUGGUGCUGAGUGUGGUGCCGUGUGAGAUGGUGCUGAGUGUGCUGCCGUGUGAGAUGGUGCUGAGUGUGCUGCCGUGUGAGUGUGGUGCUGAGUGUGCUGCCGUUGUGCUGCCGUGUGAGAUGGUGCUGAGUGUGCUGCCGUGUGAGAUGGUGCUGAGUGUGCUGCCGUGUGAGAUGGUGCUGAGUGUGGUGCCGUGUGAGAUGGUGCUGAGUGUGCUGCCGUGUGAGAUGGUGCUGAGUGUGCUGCCGUGUGAGAUGGUGCUGAGUGUGCUGCCGUGUGAGAUGGUGCUGAGUGUGCUGCCGUGUGAGAUGGUGCUGAGUGUGCUGCCGUGUGAGAUGGUGCUGAGUGUGGUGCCGUGUGAGAUGGUGCUGAGUGUGGUGCCGUGUGAGAUGGUGCUGAGUGUGCUGCCGUGUGAGAUGGUGCUGCGUGUGCUGCCGUGUGAGAUGGUGCUGAGUGUGCUGCCGUGUGAGAUGGUGCUGAGUGUGGUGCCGUUGUGCUGCCGUGUGAGUGUGGUGCUGAGUGUGCUGCCGUGUGAGAUGGUGCUGAGUGUGCUGCCGUGUGAGAUGGUGCUGAGUGUGCUGCCGUGUGAGAUGGUGCUGAGUGUGCUGCCGUGUGAGAUGGUGCUGAGUGUGCUGCCGUGUGAGAUGGUGCUGAGUGUGGUGCCGUGUGAGAUGGUGCUGAGUGUGGUGCCGUGUGAGAUGGUGCUGAGUGUGCUGCCGUGUGAGAUGGUGCUGAGUGUGGUGCCGUGUGAGAUGGUGCUGAGUGUGGUGCCGUGUGAGAUGGUGCUGAGUGUGCUGCCGUGUGAGAUGGUGCUGAGUGUGCUGCCGUGUGAGUGUGGUGCUGAGUGUGCUGCCGUUGUGGUGCCGUGUGAGAUGGUGCUGAGUGUGGUGCCGUGUGAGAUGGUGCUGAGUGUGCUGCCGUGUGAGAUGGUGCUGAGUGUGCUGCCGUGUGAGUGUGGUGCUGAGUGUGCUGCCGUUGUGGUGCUGAGUGUGCUGCCGUGUGAGAUGGUGCUGAGUGUGGUGCCGUGUGAGAUGGUGCUGAGUGUGCUGCCGUGUGAGAUGGUGCUGAGUGUGGUGCCGUGUGAGAUGGUGCUGAGUGUGCUGCCGUGUGAGAUGGUGCUGAGUGUGCUGCCGUGUGAGAUGGUGCUGAGUGUGCUGCCGUGUGAGAUGGUGCUGAGUGUGCUGCCGUGUGAGAUGGUGCUGAGUGUGCUGCCGUGUGAGAUGGUGCUGAGUGUGCUGCCGUGUGAGAUGGUGCUGAGUGUGGUGCCGUGUGAGAUGGUGCUGAGUGUGGUGCCGUGUGAGAUGGUGCUGAGUGUGGUGCCGUGUGAGAUGGUGCUGAGUGUGCUGCCGUGUGAGAUGGUGCUGAGUGUGCUGCCGUGUGAGAUGGUGCUGAGUGUGGUGCCGUGUGAGAUGGUGCUGAGUGUGCUGCCGUGUGAGAUGGUGCUGAGUGUGGUGCCGUGUGAGAUGGUGCUGAGUGUGCUGCCGUGUGAGAUGGUGCUGAGUGUGGUGCCGUGUGAGAUGGUGCUGAGUGUGGUGCCGUGUGAGAUGGUGCUGAGUGUGGUGCCGUGUGAGAUGGUGCUGAGUGUGCUGCCGUGUGAGAUGGUGCUGAGUGUGCUGCCGUGUGAGAUGGUGCUGAGUGUGCUGCCGUGUGAGAUGGUGCUGAGUGUGGUGCCGUGUGAGAUGGUGCUGAGUGUGCUGCCGUGUGAGAUGGUGCUGAGUGUGCUGCCGUGUGAGAUGGUGCUGAGUGUGCUGCCGUGUGAGAUGGUGCUGAGUGUGCUGCCGUGUGAGAUGGUGCUGAGUGUGCUGCCGUGUGAGAUGGUGCUGAGUGUGGUGCCGUGUGAGAUGGUGCUGAGUGUGGUGCCGUGUGAGAUGGUGCUGAGUGUGCUGCUGUGUGAGAUGGUGCUGCGUGUGCUGCCGUGUGAGAUGGUGCUGAGUGUGCUGCCGUGUGAGAUGGUGCUGAGUGUGGUGCCGUGUGAGAUGGUGCUGAGUGUGGUGCCGUGUGAGUUGGUGCUGAGUGUGCUGCCGUGUGAGAUGGUGCUGAGUGUGCUGCCGUGUGAGUGUGGUGCUGAGUGUGCUGCCGUUGUGGUGCCGUGUGAGAUGGUGCUGAGUGUGCUGCCGUGUGAGAUGGUGCUGAGUGUGGUGCCGUGUGAGAUGGUGCUGAGUGUGGUGCCGUGUGAGAUGGUGCUGAGUGUGCUGCCGUGUGAGAUGGUGCUAAGUGUGCUGCCGUGUGAGAUGGUGCUGAGUGUGGUGCCGUGUGAGAUGGUGCUGAGUGUGCUGCCGUGUGAGAUGGUGCUGAGUGUGGUGCCGUGUGAGAUGGUGCUGAGUGUGGUGCCGUGUGAGAUGGUGCUGAGUGUGCUGCCGUGUGAGAUGGUGCUGAGUGUGCUGCCGUGUGAGUGUGGUGCUGAGUGUGCUGCCGUUGUGCUGCCGUGUGAGAUGGUGCUGAGUGUGGUGCCGUGUGAGAUGGUGCUGAGUGUGCUGCCGUGUGAGAUGGUGCUGAGUGUGCUGCCGUGUGAGAUGGUGCUGAGUGUGCUGCCGUGUGAGAUGGUGCUGAGUGUGGUGCCGUGUGAGAUGGUGCUGAGUGUGCUGCCGUGUGAGAUGGUGCUGAGUGUGCUGCCGUGUGAGAUGGUGCUGAGUGUGGUGCCGUGUGAGAUGGUGCUGAGUGUGGUGCCGUGUGAGAUGGUGCUGAGUGUGCUGCUGUGUGAGAUGGUGCUGCGUGUGCUGCCGUGUGAGAUGGUGCUGAGUGUGCUGCCGUGUGAGAUGGUGCUGAGUGUGGUGCCGUGUGAGAUGGUGCUGAGUGUGGUGCCGUGUGAGUUGGUGCUGAGUGUGCUGCCGUGUGAGAUGGUGCUGAGUGUGCUGCCGUGUGAGUGUGGUGCUGAGUGUGCUGCCGUUGUGCUGCCGUGUGAGAUGGUGCUGAGUGUGCUGCCGUGUGAGAUGGUGCUGAGUGUGGUGCCGUGUGAGAUGGUGCUGAGUGUGGUGCCGUGUGAGAUGGUGCUGAGUGUGCUGCCGUGUGAGAUGGUGCUAAGUGUGCUGCCGUGUGAGAUGGUGCUGAGUGUGGUGCCGUGUGAGAUGGUGCUGAGUGUGCUGCCGUGUGAGAUGGUGCUGAGUGUGGUGCCGUGUGAGAUGGUGCUGAGUGUGGUGCCGUGUGAGAUGGUGCUGAGUGUGCUGCCGUGUGAGAUGGUGCUGAGUGUGCUGCCGUGUGAGUGUGGUGCUGAGUGUGCUGCCGUUGUGCUGCCGUGUGAGAUGGUGCUGAGUGUGGUGCCGUGUGAGAUGGUGCUGAGUGUGCUGCCGUGUGAGAUGGUGCUGAGUGUGCUGCCGUGUGAGAUGGUGCUGAGUGUGCUGCCGUGUGAGAUGGUGCUGAGUGUGGUGCCGUGUGAGAUGGUGCUGAGUGUGCUGCCGUGUGAGAUGGUGCUGAGUGUGCUGCCGUGUGAGAUGGUGCUGAGUGUGGUGCCGUGUCAAGGGAGCCAUGAAGGCACAACAUGA